GUUUUUGUGUAUUCAGUGUCUCUCUCUCCCAGAAGCCGCCCGCAGCAGUUCGAGUUCGCCGGGAGAAGAGGAAGAAAAUGAAGACCAUCCUCUCGUCUGAGACUAUGGACAUUCCCGAUGGGGUGAACAUUAAAGUGAAGGCGAAGGUGAUCGAGGUCGAGGGACCGAGGGGCAAGCUUAUCCGCAACUUCAAGCACCUCAACCUUGACUUUCAUCUCAUCAAGGACGAGGAAACCGGUAAGCGCAAGCUCAGGAUCGAGGCCUGGUUCGGCUCCAGGAAAACCAGCGCCGCCAUCCGUACCGCCCUUAGUCAUGUCGAGAAUCUUAUCACUGGCGUCACUAAGGGUUACCGCUACAAGAUGAGGUUCGUCUACGCUCACUUUCCCAUCAACGCUUCCAUCACCAAUGGCAACAAGUCCAUCGAGAUCCGCAACUUUUUGGGCGAGAAGAAGGUUCGCAAAGUGGAUAUGCUUGAGGGUGUUUCCAUCCUUCGAUCUGAGAAGGUCAAGGAUGAAAUCGUAUUGGAUGGGAAUGAUAUUGAGCUGGUGUCACGCUCAGCUGCUUUGAUAAACCAGAAAUGUCAUGUCAAGAACAAAGAUAUUAGGAAAUUCCUUGAUGGUAUCUAUGUUAGCGAGAAGGGCAGAAUUGCGGAAGAUGAGUGAUUGCUAUCAAUCAAGAAACUGUUAUAGUUUUGUUUCAAUUAAAUGUCCCAGUAAAACCGUUGGAUUUUGUUCUUUUCUUUAUUUUUUUCAUGGAUUUCAGUUGCAAAGAAUGGGAUGAUCUUUGUUAUUGUGUCGAGUAUAUUGGACAUCUGCUAGAACUUUAGUUUGGUUUUACAUCUCUUUUUUGUAUUAGUUAUUGUGCUCUUAAUGUUAGUAUUGGUUUAGAUAACUAAUUAACAUUUGAUUGGCUG